GCGCUAUAGAUCACAACUUGUCUGCCGUCACAGGAAGCUCAAAGACUAAUCUGAUCUGCUGAGGGCUGUGGCCUUGACAUUAAUUAUAUAUUCAAGUUUAUUGAGACAGUUUGCUGCCUGAAUUGUGUCUAUAUUGGGAUCGUCGUUAUCCGAUUUAAGCUCGCUGAGGAUGGCUGAGCCAAGUGGGAGAUAUCAGCAGCUGCCCAAUGAAGAGGAGCCAGAGGAGGGGCCUCAGGUGGCCAGUGAUUCUCCGCCCCCUUACAGUAGCCUUGCAGCUGACAGCGCAGCAUUUUUUGAUUACAAAGAUGAUGCAACAUUUCCCAAGCCCCCGUCUUAUAAUGUAGCCACAUCUUUACCAUCGUACGACGAGGCUGAGAGGACCAAAGCAGAGGCUACUAUCCCACUGGUGUCAGGACGACACAGGGAGCGUCUGGACACAUUCAAUGACGUUACUCGCUGUGUGCUGGAGGAUGAUGACUUUGUGGCCAGAGAUGACUUUGAGGAUGCCGACCAGCUGCAGAUAGGAAAUGAUGGCAUUUUCAUGUUGACAUGUUUCAUGGCAUUCCUCUUCAACUGGAUUGGCUUCUUUCUAUCGUUCUGCCUCACAACCUCCGCAGCUGGGCGUUAUGGCGCCAUAUCUGGGUUUGGUCUGUCCCUCAUCAAAUGGAUUCUCAUCGUACGGUUCUCUACUUAUUUCCCUGCUUACUUUGAUGGACAGUACUGGUUGUGGUGGGUGUUUCUGCUGCUUGGCAUCCUGCUCUUCCUCAGAGGCUUUAUUAACUAUGCUAAGAUCCGAAAAAUGGCAGACUCCGUUUCGACUCUUCCACGGACCAGAGUUCUCUUCAUCUAUUAAAGACAUUUGCUGGAAAUGAAAACACAUUCUUGGGGCUUGCAUUGAGCCCAGUGGGGAAAACAUAUUUAGGAAAGAAAAAUCCUUCUGUCUGUUAUCUACUCAUCUGAAAGGAAGCCCACGGAACUCCAGAGCAUUGAAGGAAGAGCGUUUCUUUUCUCUCUCUCUCUCCCUCUCUCUCUGUGUCUCUACUUUUAAAAUGCAGUUUUUGUGUCAAGAUGGCAAGAUACUCUUUUUACAUUUCUAGAUGUAUAGUGGAUGCUAACAGCUCUGUAUCUGUUCUGAAAUCAUUAGUGGUUUGAUGUUGAGUGCUAUUUGCUCUUUUCAAGUCUGUAAUGUAUUAUAAAGCCUUGUGUGUAGUACAGGCAUGCACCAUGCUCCCUGUUCACCAGUAGGGGGAAGUCUUGCUUUUUUAUUUCAGUGUAUUUUUUUUUCUCCGUCUCAUUCAGUGACGUCUGACAAGCAGGCAACCAGUCACUGCUGGUCUCCAUUCAUGAAGAGCUUUUCUCUUUGUGAAUGGCAGUGUUAAAUGAAUUGAAUCUUAAACAGUCAAUGCUUUUCUUCUAUUCUCUUCUACUGUUUCUCUCUUUCUCUCUGCCUCCUUACAUGACUUGAAAUUAAAGUUACUUUUUUUAAGUCGUCAUUAUUGAUGUGGAUCAGACGUGUAUUAUUGGCCGUGUAGUUCUUUCAAACGGCUUCUUAAUACCAAAAUUAUGAUCAAGGAAUAUUUCUUUAAAGAUCCAGGAGACGUGUGAAUGGCAUCUAUCAUCAGUAAAAAUAAAUAUGGUUUUGCACUUAACAUUUGGCUCUAUGUUUGAGUCCUUGCAACUUUUCAGGGAAGAUAACUUUAAUAUUUGCAUUCAAACAUGUCUCCUUUUAUACUAUAGCACCCCCACCUUGUGCAGUGGCCGUGAUAGGGGUCCAUUUGAUCUCUCGCUGUCUAAUCAUGCAUGAUUCUGCUGUGGCUUGUCUGCUCUUGUCACCUUGGGACUCAUCCAUGACACAGGAAGUUCCUCUUUUGUGUUCAGUUUUCCAUGCAGCUUUGGAUUCCUGUGGCUGUGCACAUGUAUUUGCUCGUAAAUAAGACACUGCUAUUAAACGUCUCUGGUGUUCAAUGUUUA